CUCAUUUGAAGCUCCGUUGAGUUCUUGGGCGUCCAAUACAAUACAACGAUGGAAGGCCAGCAGGUUCUGGAGAAUUUCGAUUCUCUCUGGUUCUUCGCCACCGUAUUCUCCAACAGAACGCCACCGGUCGUUGGAAAACCCAUUCAAAACGACUUCGUUGGUUCUCUCGGAGAAGAAAUUGCGACACCCAUCACUCGAAAUGAGGAAAAUAAUGUUUGUGAAGCGAAGGAGAUGGAAACCGAGGAGAGGGAAGAGAAGAGGAGAAAAAACAGAGGAGGGAGGAGUUGGGGUUUGGAACAGAGGAAAAAAUUUAUUGUUGGAGAGAUAGAUCUGAGUUAUGCUGUGAAGGAGAUUUGUGAAUGUUGGUCUUUUGAAGAGAUGAGAAUUGGAGGUGGGGAGAAGACGAAGAAGAUGCCAUCAUUUGAAGAUAGUAUGGCCAUGAAAGAGCAUAUCAGAUCUUGGGCUUAUGCAGUGGCUUGUACUGUUAGAUGAUCACACUAAUUUUAACCAUUGUUUUGUUUUAUGAUGUUUUUUCUAUUCAAAUUUUGUAAUCAGAUCUGUAUUUUGAUGAAUAAGUUUCUCCAUUUUUAGUUUACGUUCCUUCUAAUUUACGAAUUUUGUUCUUAAUUUUUCUAAAAGUGUAAAGUAAUCUCUGUUAACCUUCAUUUUCUGAAUUUUUUUCACUUUGUGUUUGAUUGUUUUUCGGUGGUAUCAAUUUGGUUGUUUGUGUAUUGAAAAUUUUGUAUCUUUCCUAUUUUGUAAAUGAGAGUGUAUACACUUCAACAAGUUUAAAUAUAGAGUCAUAUGGUA